GCGUCACCGUCAUGGGCAGAGCCAUUAUUGGCAGGCCUUUGAGUCACCGGCAUUAGCAGCGCCAUUAUUAUAACUGGCAGGCUCUGCCGUCCUGGGGCCGGGGGAUGGGGCAUGCGCAGUGUACGUGAGCUGGAUCUUGCCUGUGUGCAAUGUACAAUAGACUACAAGGUCCAGAAUUCCCUGCGGCCACACAGAGGGAGGAGGCUGUGUGUAGAUAGGUGGAGAAUGAAGCGCAUGGCACUGGCUGACAGAGAGAAGGAAACUAAGAAACAGAAGCUCCUGGAGCGACUUGGUGAUGCACGUCUUCAGUAUGUCACUCCAAAUGAUCAUGACUGCAAUCAGUUGUGGAAGACAAAAUAUGCCAAAAUGGUGGUUCAUAAAGCCGAACAAACUCCAGCUAAGUUGCAUCAGGUUGUACAGAAUGCAUUUCUAACAUUACUUAAACAUGGUUGUCUGUUCCAAGACCUUGUGCAGCUGAAAGGUAAAGAUUUGCUCACUCCUGUGUCCCGGAUUCUGAUUGGCCAGCCAGGCUACACCUACAAAUACUUAAACACAAGGUUAUUUGCUGUGCCUUGGCAUGAUGAAAAACACAAGUACAGCACAGCAGACAUUUCCGACGCCUGCAAGGCUUUUUAUGAAUUAAAUGAGUUUCUGUAUGCCCAGACAAAACGUGAAUUACAGAAAUGUAGUACUGACAAGCAGAGGACAGAGCUCUGUAAUGUUUCACCUCAGCAGAUCUUUCAGGAUGGUGAACAAUCCAACCAACAGGAAGUGGAAUGCUUUAAUGUGACUUUGAUAAAUUACAUGAACCCACAGAUCAUGACCUACCUGAGGGAAGAGCCGUAUUUUGGCAUGGGGAAAAUGGCAGUGAGCUGGCACCAUGAUGAGAAUCUUGUGGAACAAUCAACUGUUGCCGUCUACAACUACAGUUAUCGAGACACUGCUACAGAAACGUGCAAAGAAUUUGGGGAUACGUCCAAGUGGCAUGUGGGCCUAAAGAUAGCUUGGGACAUAGAGACUCCUGGUCUUGCUUUACCUUUAAGCCCAGGCGAUUCUUAUUUCAUGCUGGAUGACCUCAACAAAACCCAUCAACACUGCGUGCUUGCAGGAUCCCAGCCUCGGUUCAGCUCCACUCACAGAGUAGCACAGUGCUACACUGGUACAUUGAAGUAUAUACAGGCGAGGUGUAAGACUGCGCUGGAAAACCUUUACAUUGUUCCUAGCACAGGAGAGAACAAGUUGAAAUCUCUAGAAGCUGCAAUCUUACAUCAAGCAGAAGAGAUUCACAAUGAGGUCGAAUUUGACUGGCUCCGGCAGUACUGGUUUCAAGGAAAGCGCUACACUAAAUGCAGUGAUUUUUGGGUAUUAGCAAUGGCUGAGUUGGAGGAACAGUGGAAACAAUUGGAAACCACGACGAGCCUUGUUGUAGAAGAGCUUGUAAAGGAGUACUGGACACAGGAGGAGAGGGACAAAGUACUAAAGUCUAUCUUACCAUUACUAGCAGAACGCCAUGACCUGCGUCAAGAAUGGCGACAGAGGUGCAGAUGCAGAUUAGCCAAGUCGUUACCUGUGGAUCAAAUGCCGCGGUGCUACCCUUACUGGAAAGAGGGCGAGCUGUCCAUGCCACUGCCUUUUGACCUGGGCAGUAUAUUGUCACAGCUGGAAAACCUGACAAGAGAAGAGAACUGAAAGAGAAGCCUGUUCACCACUCAAAACACCAUGCUUUAUCUUAUGGGUACUCUGGAUGGGUCUGCUACUGGGGAUGAUGCAUGGAGUGAUUAAUAGGAACAGUGGCCACAUCUUAUAUAACAACUUCCAAAAUGAAUGAAUUAGUUUUAAAGAAAUAUAUUUUGAUUUUAUAGCAUAUACUUGUUAAAUGCUACAUAAAAGCUGAUUGGUUGUUAUGGCAACUUCUCCACUGGUUCACUACGCCACUUUUUUUAUACCGCUUGAUACAUCUCCUAAGUGUCCCAAACAUUCCUAUCUGCCACCUCCGUGUUCACCUAUCCCCUUCCACACUCUGGAGGUAGAAUUACUUAUCUUUAUUUUCAAACAAUUGUUUACAGAUGAAGAGCAUUGUAAGUGACCAUAAAUGACCACUUCUGGUUACCAGCCUGUGUGCAAACAACCGGACUUAAAGACAGUGCUUUUUGGAAUAAAAGUGUUCCACCAUCUAACAUAAAUGUUCAAAUUCUGAUGUAUGCGUGGGUUCAUAGUGAUGAAAUAGGUCACAGCAGGGGGCAGAUGCACUAAGCCUUGGAGACUGGUAAAGUGGAUAGCGAUAAAGUACCAGCCAAUUUGCUUCUUUUUCCAAACCCAGCCUGCAACAUGGCACUAAGGAGCUGAUGGGCUGGUACUUUAUCUCUCUCCAUUAUGUCACUCUCUAAGUCUUAGUACAUCUAGAAGAAAGCUGUAAGAGUGUUGAUUCAAGACUCUGGUUGUAAAUUGAGCCCAAUGGGACAAUUUCCAACAUUUAUUUUUUAUUUUUUGCCUGCAGGUAAGGCUGUUAUUUUUUAACAGUGUAUAUAUUAAGAUACCAUUUAUGUUCUAGCUUUACACUUUCCCUUUUCUGUAUGAUCAAUUAUAAUCUUUAUUGCCAGUGAUAGCACCCCCUAUUAUUAAAAUUCUAACUGUAUAUAGAGGUUGAGUCUCCCUUAUCCAAAAUGCUUGGGACCAGAGGUAUUUUGGAUAUGGGAUUUUUCCGUAUUUUGGAAUAAUUGCAUACCAUAAUGAGAUAUCAUGGCGAUGGGACCUAAAUCUAAGCACAGAAUGCAUUUAUGUUACAUAUACACCUUAUACACACAGCCUGAAGGUCAUUUAGACAAUAUUUUCAAUAACUGUGUAUUAAACAAAGUGUAUCUACAUUCACACAAUUCAUUUAUGUUUCAUAUACACCUUAUACACACAGCCUGGAGGUCAUUUAAUACAAUAUUUUUAAUAACUUUGUGUAUUAAACAAAGUUUGUGUACAUUGAGCCAUCAAAAACAAAGCUUUCACUCUCUCACUCAAAAAAGUCCGUAUUUCGGAAUAUUUGGAUAUGGGAUAUUCAACCUGUAUGUGUGUGUGUGUAUAUAUAUAUAUAUAUAUAUAUAUAUAUACAUACUCUAAAAUGUAAAUACUGUUUAUGGGGCUACUUUUUUAUUCAGAGGUAAAACAUAAAUAUAAAUAGUAUGUUACCGUAAAUGGAUUCCCAUGUGCUAGUGAUAGAAGUGAUCAUGGUGUUAUGUGAUAAUAUUUGACUAUUGGGUAAUAUUUUUAAUUUCUUAUUGUUUUAAAUAAUAUAAAAUAAUUAUGUUUAAUACGUCAUUUGUAAUACCCAGUAAUAGUACUAAGAUUAUAUCAGUGGCGUAUCUAUAAUGGGUGCAGUGUGUGUGGUACACAUGGGGCCCCUGGGUCCAGGGGGACCCACACCGCGCACCUUGCACCCAUUUUUUAAAUACUCUCUCCGGAGUCUCCUGCCAGCGGCAGCAUGUAUCACAAAUCUCCUUGAAAAUGGCGUGGCGGACAUUUUCCCGUAGUUACUGCAUGCGCAGUAAGAAAAUCUCUGGAAAAAUAUCCACUGCGCAAUUUACCCAGAGAUUUGUGCAUGUGCAAUAGAGUCUGUGCCCAUCUAGUGCUCAGACCCUAUUGCGGUCACCGGGUUCCGGCUGCAGAGGGGGAGGCCUGGAGGGAGGAGGUUGCACACGGCCCUCCUCCUCUGUUAAAACGCCCAUGGAUUAUAUACACGGUUAAAGGGUGUUAAAUUGAUGUAACGAGAAAUCUCAUUUAGUACACAGUAAUCCUGGAGUCACAUCACCUUCUUUGUCAUUAUUUGAUAUACAUUUCGUAGGGACAAGACCCAUUUAACCAAAACAAAAUAACAACAUGCCAGCAUAAUUGGUAUUUCUAAAUAGAUUUUGUGCUAUAUGUACUUAACAGUGCUAAGCCUUAAGGCUGCCUAAAGCAAAUUCAACUGAAAGUGCCUUUAGGCUUAGCAGUGUUCUGACAUAUCCUAAAAAAUGUGAAGAUACAGCAAAGCCACUAAGCACGUACCAAAGAGUCCCCGGAGCUUUUGUCUCACUGCAAUGUUUAACCUGAUAUGGAAUGCUAAAUUGCAAUAUGUUAAAAAUCCAUCAUAGUGCUUUGUUUUAUAGAGUUAAUAAAUAGUAAUUUGAA